AUGCAACACUAUGGCAGUACCUUCAGUACCAAUUCAUACGAUCCAAGAGAAGGUCUCGAGAGUGGUACUGUCACUCCUCACAGUCUGUUGGACGACAAUGCCACCGACGGUCUCCUCGGUUCUGCCUCUGGUAGCAAUAUGAGCACAACCAGAUGGCUGGCCAAGCAGCAUGGUGUCAAGAAUGAGCGAGCCAUGUAUUUGCAAUACUAUCUCCCUGUGACCAAUUGGAUUCGCCAGUAUCGCUGGAAGUUCCUGCGUGGUGACUUAAUUGCCGCUUUGACUAUGGCUUCCUUCUAUAUCCCUAUGUCCCUGUCAUACGCCUCGAAUUUGGCCCACCUACCACCCAUCAAUGGUCUCUACGCAUUCGUCUUCAAUCCAUUCAUCUACGCCAUUUUUGGUACUGUACCCCAAUUGGUUGUUGGUCCCGAAGCCGCUGGAUCUCUCCUUACUGGACAGGUCGUGCGCGAGAACAUCAGUUCCGGAAAACACAGAGACAACGAUUUUGCGAGUAACACUCAGAUCGCCGGAAUGGUGACUGGAAUCGCCGGAGCCAUUAUUUUGCUUGCAGGUCUCUUCAGACUUGGCUUCUUGGAUAGUGUCCUCAGCCGACCUUUCUUGCGCGGCUUUAUCAGUGCUAUUGGUGUUGUCAUUUUUGUCGAUCAACUUGUACCGGAAACUGGAAUGAGUGCGCUCAUCGAACAUGAUCCUAGUGGUGCUGCUCAUGGCAGUUCCUUGACAAAGAUCAUCUACCUCAUCAAGAAUGCCGACAAAGCACACAGGUUGACUUGCGCUGUCUCCUUUGGCGCCUUCGCCAUUGUCAUGGUCUUCAGACAGCUCAAGAGAAGCUUGCAACCAAGAUAUCCCUCGGUAGCCUACUUCCCUGAUCGGUUCCUCGUCGUUGUCUUCUCUGCCCUCUUCACCUGGGGCUUCUCCUGGGACAAACAAGGUCUCGAUAUCCUCGGCGAUCUCAAAACCACAGGCAAACCCUUCCAAGUGCACUUCCCUUUCCAACCUUCCAUGAUGGAACAUGUCACCGACGCCUUCUCGACCUCCUUCCUCAUUGCACUCUUAGGUUUCUUCGAGUCCAGUGUAGCUGCAAAAUCUCUCGCCAACAGCACUGCAAAGAUCGAGAAGAAAAUCGACAAGGAUGGCAAUGAGUAUGAAGAGGCCGAUGGUAUCGUCAACAUGAACGUCUCUGCUAACCGCGAGUUGGUUGCUUUGGGUGUGGCGAACAUCUUUGGCGGUCUGUUCAUGGGAAUCCCUGCUUUCGGUGGAUAUGGAAGGAGUCUUGUCAACAAGAGCACUGGUGGCAAGACACCUAUGAGCAGUGUAUUCUUGUCAUUAAUCACUGUCUUCUGCAUUCUUUUCUUGUUGCCGUACUUUUACUAUAUUCCGAAAGGCGUCCUCGCAGCCAUGAUCUCAGUGGUAGCUUACUCGCUGAUCGAAGAAGCACCCCACGACAUCCACUUUUUCUACUCUAUCCGCGGCUACUCGGAACUUGCCCUCAUGGCCCUAAUCUUCCUAACAACUUUCUUCUGGAACCUCCGCAUCGGCAUCGCCGUAGGAAUCGGACUUUCCCUCCUCCGUCUCCUCAAACACGCCACUCGUCCACGCAUCCAAAUCCUAGGCCGUGUUCCCGGUACACAAAACCAAUUCGACUCUGCUGAACAUGGAGGCUUGGAAUUCGUACCCCAUGUGCUUAUUGUGAGGAUUCCGGAACCGCUUACCUUUGCAAACACGGGAAGUCUCAAAGAUCGCCUGAGGAGGUUGGAAAACCAUGGUACUUCUGCCGCUCACCCUGCCCUCCCACGCGUCAGACACGAUCAACAUAACCGUAAUGUCGUGUUUGAUAUCCACGGCGUGACUUCUCUGGACCCUGCUGCCUCGCAAGUGCUGUUGGAAAUCGUGACUGGAUAUCGCGAACGUGGGACUAGGGUUUUCUUCUGCAGGGUACCCAGUCGAAGGAGUCAGGUUUGGAAACUUAUGGUGGCCAGUGGGAUUGUGGAGGUUUGUGGUGGCGAAAGUCAUUUCGUACGUGGAGUUGAGCAUGCGCUUGCAUUGGCCGAGGCGCAAGAGCGAGAGGAUAGUUUGAGGGAGGAUGGAGGUAGUGUUGAGGAGGGAAGAGCAAACACUACGUGA